AUGUUCCCAACCCCAAGCAUGUGGCUCCCCGAAGCCUUCCGCCACUUCCAAACCCCCACCUCUCCCUUCCCACUACACAACUACACAUCACCCGCGCCCAUGGAUCCCUACCCCGGCAGUCCCCCCUACAAGCCCACCCGCCGCAGCAGCAAAACGCCCUACAAGCACAUCUCGCACUUCCCCGCCGACGCCAGCGACACAGAAAUCGACAGCGACACCGACGCCACCCACGCCCCAGACUUCGAGCACUUCCCCCGCAUAUCUGUCCGCAUGCCCAAACACACCGCGCACUCGCUGCGCGCAGAUCAGAUCUUGAUCCUCCCGCCCACGCUCACGGCACUGAAAAUCUGCCUGCAUUCACAGGGCCCGAAGCGCACUAUCCGCGCUGCGGUGGCGGGGGAUAUGCGCCUGCGCGACGUGGUCAAGCAGGUGUUGCCGCAGGAGUAUCUGCGCGAUGCGCGGGUGCAUGUCAAGAGCAGGGGCGAAUGGUUGGAGCCAGGGAGUCCGAUGAAAGUCUCUGAUAUAGCGGAAAUGGGACGGUUCGCCAGGAAUGAGAGGGGAGAGGUGGAGGUGAGGAUUGCUGUUGAGAAUGAUAGGAGGGAGCGGAGGGAGUACAUGUGGGAGAGGCGGGAGGAGGGACAUGGGUGGGAGAAAGGUGUGGGGGGCAGGAGGAUGGAGAGAAUGAUGUACUGA